UUAAACUCGAAUUAGUGUUGCAGCUUUUUAACGUGUAACCUUGCGUUGCUAAAAGUUCUGCUGGUAUAAAUCAGGGUAUCUAGUUUCUGUGAUGAUUCAUUUUGUCUUAAUUCUAACCCUCUAACAACCAUAAUACAAGUAAAACAAUACAUAUUUAGUUUGAGCGUUUACUCUGUGAUUUAUAAAUUGAAACGGAAAGUAGAUUUACAAAAAAUUGUUAUCUUUGAACCAUAAAGAGAUAUACAUUUGUUUUGCAUAUACUCUAUCAAUAUUUAUUUCAUCGUUCAAUGCUCGGCUAACUAGAAGGACAAUAAGCAGCAUGUCAAGUGAACGUAGAUACGGAUUUUUCAGAUGUUCUGAUUGUGGAGCACAAUGGGAAAGUUCAAAUGUUUACUGCGUUAAAGGAACUAACAGUGCAUACUACGCUCAAGAUUGCAAAAAGUGCAAUACCGCCUGUAAUCCUUACAGAGUUGAAAGGUUGAAAUGCUCGAUUUGUGGUCAGGUCAGCUGCACUUGUUCCAAGGAGGAAAGAGCACAACGCCAUACCGAUCCAAACAAGCCCCACCGCAGUGAUCUUUGUCAUAAAUGUAAAAGUGGAAACCCCUGCAUGAACUAAAAUGGUGUACCUGGAUACCUUUCGACAAUUG